UUCUGCUCACGAAGGCCGUGCCAUUAAAGUUGUCGGCCAUUUGGUUCGGCGUGUGGAGAACCUUUUUCCGUCUAGUUGUUGUCCGUAUUCAUCGACUCUAGAAUAUCAAUAUGGUUCAAAAGAAGCCCAAGAAGAAGACUGGAAAAAAGGUUGCAGCAGCACCUCUUGCUGUUAAGAAGCAAGAGGUUCAGAAGGUUGUCAAUCCACUUUUUGAAAAGCGAGCCAGGAAUUUUGGAAUUGGUCAGGACAUCCAACCUUCCCGUGAUUUAAGCAGAUUUGUCAGAUGGCCCAAAUAUAUUCGUAUCCAAAGGCAGAAAUCUGUUUUACAGAAGAGGCUGAAAAUUCCUCCUUCAAUUCAUCAAUUUUCUCAAUCUUUAGACAAGCAAACAGCUACUCAACUGUUUAAAAUUCUGGAAAAACACAGACCCGAAACUGCACUUGCUAAGAAGCAGAGGUUGAAGGCUAGGGCAGAAGGAAAAAUAAAACAAAAGGAAGAAGUUCCUACAAAAAGACCUAAUGUUAUCAGGUCUGGUGUUAAUACUGUUACUAGACUUGUUGAACAGAAAAAAGCUCUCCUCGUUGUGAUUGCCCAUGAUGUUGACCCAAUUGAGCUGGUGCUUUUCCUACCUGCACUUUGCAGAAAGAUGAACGUUCCAUAUUGUAUUAUUAAAGGAAAGGCUCGUCUUGGCAGGUUAGUCAGGAGAAAAACCUGCACUUCAAUUGCAGUAACCCAGAUGGAGGGUAAUGAUCGUACUGCUUUAAAUAAGGUCAUUGAAGCCGUCAAGACCAAUUACAAUGACAGAUAUGAAGAAAUCAAGAGGCACUGGGGAGGUGGUUUGCUUGGCUCCAAGUCAGCAGCCAGGAUAGCUAAACUUGAAAAGGCUAAGGCUAGAGAGUUGGCUCAGAAACAAGGAUAAUUUUUUCUUUUUCAUUAAUAAAAGCCUUGUUUUUAUUUCGUAA